AUGGCGAAGUACAUAUCUCCCGACGAGCUCGCCACGAUCAUGAAGAGCGACAAGGUCCCGAUGAAGGACUUUUGCGUUGUGGAUGUGCGUGAUGACGAUUGGCAAGGCGGAAACAUCAAGGGAUCGCACAAUUCUCCCUCUCAUGGAUUCCUGACGAGACUCGAUGACCUCGUUGCACAGACGAAAGAUAUCCCGAUGGUGAUCUUCCAUUGCACGCUCUCCCAAGUCCGGGGACCUAAAGCUGCGAGCAUCUAUGCAGAAACACGUGAUCUUCUUGAAGCUGAGGGGGAGGACAAAGCCCACGACGUGCGGAUCCUGCAGGGUGGUUUCCAGGAUUUUCAAGCAAAAUACAAGGACGAUCCUGAGCUUGUGGAGAACUGGAAACACGACGUAUGGGGCGAGCUGCAUAUGUGA